ACCGUGGCGAGACAGGCCGCGGCCAGAUGUGGGGCGGAAGGACCGGCGCCUUGCUCCGGGUGUGGGGGCUGUGGCCCGCAGGGGUCCGCGGGCGGAGACCUCUAGGCUGCAAUGCUGCGUCUCUGGCCGGAAACAAUUCCCCCCAGUGUUGGAACUGCGGCGGCCCAGGGGUCCCCAAGCGGGGAGACGGGUUCUUCUGCCCACAGUGCCGCGCGCUGCAGCCACCUGACCUCACUCGAGAUUACUUCAGCCUCAUGGACUGCAACCGUGCCUUCGGAGUGGACACAGCGAAGCUCCAGAAUAGGUACCAGCAGCUACAGCGUCUUGUCCACCCUGAUUUCUUCAGCCAGAGGUCUCAGACUGAAAAAGACUUCUCAGAGAAGCAUGCGACCCUGGUGAACGAUGCCUAUAAGACCCUCCUGGCCCCGCUGAGCAGGGGACUAUACCUUCUAAAGCUCCAUGGAGUAGAGAUUCCCGAAGGGACAGAUUAUGCAAUGGACCAGCAAUUCCUCAUGGAAAUAAUGGAAAUCAAUGAAAAACUUGCAGAAGCUCAAAGUGAAGCUGCUAUGAAAGAGAUUGAAUCUAUUGUCAGAGCUAAACAGAAGGAAUUGAGUGACAAUGUGAGCAAAGCUUUUGAACAAGAUCUAGCUGAACCAUCUGUUGCUACUUGGUAGGAGAAGAUAUUUACUGGAUGACAUGAGCAGUCAGGCAUUUAAUGAGGAGCGUCUCUAUGGAAACAAAAAGAAAAACAAAGAUUAAUGGUGGGAGCAGACUAUAAAGCCAGUUUCUGAGUCCACAGGGUGGGCAGUCACUUAAGACUCUAAACUCUUAAGCAUCUUUACAUGGUGGUAUGAGGAUGCCAGUGACAAUCUGAUAGAUAUCUUAGUUUAUAGUUUGAAUGCCAGUAGUGAUGGCAUAGACAUCAAUGUCACAGUCAUGGCUACUUCCCAGAGCAGAGCAUGGAAGACACAGGAGUUCUGGUGGAUUUUCUGGGUAGCCCAAGUGGCAGCAAUGGUUGCCCACACGUGAUUUGUAGUGACAGGUUCUUUGAUGUUUAUAUCAAGUUGUCUGGCAUCAGCUUACAGGGCUUUUUCAGAUCCUGGAGGAAAGGGCAACCACAAGACAAGCUGAGUCCCAAUAAGGACCUGGGCAGUCAGGUUUUAGUUCUCAGUGAUGCCAAGUCAGGAGAGAAGGAGAAAAAUGGGAAACAGAAAUUUGGAGAGUUGUAGGCAAAUAUUGAAGGAAACUAGGAGGAUUAAGAAUUUGCUAAGGGCUAAAAAAAAAAAAAAGAAUUUGCUAAGG